AUGGCCUCUCUCGCCCCGUCGCUGCAGCGCGCGCAGAUGCCCGUGCGAAGGGCCCUCGCCGCCUCGCCCGCCCUCCGCUCCCUCGCCACGCUCCCGCCUCAUCCCGCCGACCCCAGCGAAGCCGUCAAGCAGCCGUCGUCGUCAUCGUCGCGCCCGCGGACGUACUUCAAGGACAAGGCCGUCGGCGACUUCUCCGACUUCGUCGCGACCUCGUCCCCCGCGCAGGCGCUCUCGCCCAGCGACGCCUACGAGCUCAAGACGGCCGAGGUCGGCCCCGCGGGCAAGAAGCGCACAAUCACCCGCCUGCCUGAAUGGCUCAAGACGUCCAUCCCCGCCGGCAACGACAACUACAAGAAGAUCAAGUCGGACCUGCGCGGCCUGGGCCUGCACACCGUCUGCGAGGAGGCCCGCUGCCCCAACAUCUCCGAGUGCUGGGGCGGCUCCGACAAGAGCGCCGCCACGGCCACCAUCAUGCUCAUGGGCGACACCUGCACCCGCGGCUGCCGCUUCUGCAGCGUCAAGACGAGCCGCGCUCCCGCCCCGCUGGACCCCCACGAGCCCGAGCACACGGCCGAGGCCCUCGCGCGCUGGGGGCUGGGCUACGUGGUGCUGACGAGCGUGGACCGCGACGACCUCGUCGACGGCGGCGCGCGGCACUUUGCCGAGACGAUCCGCAAGAUCAAGCACAAGAAGCCGUCGUUGCUGGUGGAGGCCUUGACGGGCGACUUCGGGGGCGACUUGGACAUGGUCAAGAUCGUGGCGGAGAGCGGGCUGGAUGUGUAUGCGCACAAUGUCGAGACCGUCGAGGGCCUGACGCCGUAUGUGCGCGACAGGAGGGCGACGUUCCGGCAGAGCUUGAAGGUGCUCAACCACGUCAAGGAGGUGCGCGGCAACGAGGGCAUCAUCACCAAGACGAGCAUCAUGCUCGGUCUGGGCGAGCAGGAGCACGAACUCAUGGAUGCUCUGAGAGAGCUGCGAAAAGCCAACGUCGACGUCGUCACCUUUGGCCAGUACAUGCGCCCGACCAAGCGCCACCUCAAGGUCGAAAAGUACGUCACCCCCGACGAGUUCGAGAUGUGGCGCCAGCGAGCCCUCGACAUGGGCUUCCUCUACUGCGCGAGCGGGCCCCUCGUGCGGUCGUCCUACAAGGCCGGCGAGGCCUUUAUCGAAAACGUGCUGCGGAAGAGGGCCGGCGACAAGGCGGCCGCUGUUGCGAGCGAGGGGCUGGGGAAGGCGGUGGCGUUGGAUGCGACGAAGGCGUAG